UAGAAUAUUGACCGGAGCGUAUAAAAAAACUGCUGUAUGAUCUAAGAGGUACACCGUCAUACACGGGUCACUUCAAUAUUUUACCAGGACACCUUUCAAGCCAUGAAGCUCCAGAUAGUAUUCCUUAUGCUGCCCGCAAUCAUCGUAUGUCAAGCUUUCGAUAUACAAGGGCUAAUGAGAACAGUCUUUGAAAUUUUGGACGCUAAUUUAGAUGGUCAUAUCUCUAGGGGUGAAGUCAGCCAGUUCUUUCAGAACCACGACGAGAACUACGACGGCGUGAUUGAGAAGAACGAGUUUAUCGACGCCGUGAACGCCCACACGGUCAACACUGACCCCGCCAUGAUCCCACUCUACUACAACCUCUUCCCCUCCCUGGACAUUGACAGCGACGGCUUCGUUGACCAUCACGACAUUGACCAGAUCUUCCUACACGCCGACGCCGACAAGAACCAGCAGGUCACUGAGGCCGAGUUUGAGUCGUAUUUCAUGCAGUUGAUACUAACUCAUAUAGGGUAACGGGACAAGAUUAAUAAUCUAAUCUAUCAAUUAAAGAUCAUUAGGAUUCAAUAAUGUAUGUUUCGAUGGAUACUGAUUGUAAUGCUACUUAAUAAAGUAUGUGUUGAUAUGUAAACCUCUGU